AUUGAAAAGUAAAAAAGUUGAUUUUAAAAUCCAGCGGACUAAAAAAAUCUUCUGUGUGUGUUUUUUUUUUUAAUCUCUCGCCCCCGAAAGAAAGUUGACGAAUCUCUCUACCGGAGGCGCUAGUUUUCGCCGUCGGCGAGGCAAUUUCAUUUGUCGGAGGAUGGACGAAGUUGACAAGCAACAGGAAAAUCCUAAUGGACAUGAAAAGCUGGUAAAUGAAGGAUCUGCUGCUCGAACAAGACCUACAAGCGUUGAGGAGAUUAGGCUUAGGAGAAAGAGGAAAGAUUCCUUGGAAAAUGUGAAGGAGGAAACUGUAGAAGCAGCUCAGUUACUCGAUAACGAUCUUGUUGAUAAGGCUUCUGAAAAUCAUGACUCUGAGAUAAGGCAUGUUAGAUCCAAGAAUUUGAGGUGUGAAGAGCGUGUUAAGGAUAGUUCAAGAAAGAACGAAGACGCCAUUUCUAGUACUAGAGAAGAAAAACUAGAAAAAACGAUGAUAGAGGACCCUGUGGGAGCAGCUCAGUUACCCAGUAAAGAUCUUGUUGAGAAGGUUCCUGACCGUCAUGAGUCUAAAAAAGGGUAUGAUAGCUCCGAGAAACUGAGGCAUGAAGAGCUUGUUAUGGACAGCUUAAGAAAGAGAGAAGAGGCUAGUUCUAGUCCUAAAGAAGAAAGCCUAGAUAUACCAAUGAAAGAUAAUCCUAUUGAAGAAGCUCAGUUACUGCAUAACUAUCUUGUUGAGAAGGUUUCUGACUAUCAUUCGUCUGAAAAAGGGCAUGAUAGAUCCACGAAAGUGAGGCUUGAAGAACAUGUUAAGGACAGCUCAAGAAAGAAACAGGACACGAGUACUAGUUCUAGGGAAGAAAAACCAAUUGAAGAGGAUCAUGUGGGAGCAGCUCAGUUACUGGGUAAUGAUAUUGUUGAGAAGGUUUCUGACUACCAUGCGUCUGAAAGAGGGCAUGAUAUAUCCAAGAAAGUGAGGCGUGAAGAACGUGUUAAGGACAGUUCAAGAAAUAAAGAAGACGCCACCUCUAGUUCGAGGAGAGAAAACUCAAUGAAAGAGGAUCAUGUCUCUGAAAGAGGGUAUGAUAGAUCGAAAAAAGGAAGGCGUGACGAACGUGUUAAGGACAGUUCAAGAAAUAAAGAAGACGCCACCUCUAGUUCGAGGAGAGAAAACUCAAUGAAAGAGGAUCAUGUCUCUGAAAGAGGGUAUGAUAGAUCCGAGAAAUUGAGGCAUGAAGAGCGUGUUAAGGAAAGUUCAAGAAAGAAGGAAGAGGCUGUUUCUAGUUCUAGAGAAGAAAAACCAGAAAAACCAAAAAAGGACGAGCCUGCUUCAAAUAGAAAAAGGAAGGCAGAAGGAGAGAGGUCUAGACCUGAAACAAAAUUAAUAGAAGAAGAUACUAAGGAUAGACGAGGAAAGAAAGAAGAAACUAAUUCUAGUUGUAGGGAGGAGAGACGAGAUAAAAAGAUGAAAAAGGAAGACCUAGCUGCAAACAGAAAACGUGAAGGAGAAAUCCCUGCAACUGAAAUUAAAACAAUGACAGAUACAGAAGAGCUUGGUAGUAAGAAGCGUCUUCGAAGUCUAGUGGUGGCAGACCUUUCUCGAGAUGAAAUUAGUAUAAAACCUGACAAUGGAGACAAUAGAAAGAAUCAAAAUGGAGAUCAUAAGAAGAAUAGGGAGAUGGAUAUGUCAAAGAGGCAUGAUCCAGCAAAAGUGCACGGCGUUGAAGUUUCAGAGCGAUGGGAGAGAAGGGAACAACCCAAAUCGCAUCAACACGACAUGAGAGAGAAACGGAGAAGAUCAAGAAGUCGAGAUCAUGGGCAGGACAAACAGAAAAGGUCAUCCCCUUUACCAAGGGCUGAAAAGGCUACAUCGCGUCAUAAGAGAAACCAUGAGGGGCGAUCAGAAAAUGCUGUUAAAGAUAGAUCGGGAAAACAUCAUUGUAAUGAUAAUGAAAAUAAAGUGGCAAGCACUGUAAAUAACAAGUCUAGAAGGUAUAGUGCUUCCAAAAGUGAAAUUGGUGGAUAUUCACCACGGAAAAGAAGGGAGGAAGCAUCUACCAAGGCUGAUUCUCCACCUAAUCUUUCUUCUGAGAAUAAAAGUGCUAAAUGGGAUCUUACACCUACUGUAACUGCUGGCACAUACUCGGGCUCAGUUUUUACUGGUCUCCAAGCAGCAACUCAGACAGGAUAUCCUGUCAUCAGUGAGGCUUCCUUGGCGCUUUUGAAGCCACUUAUGGAGGCGCCUUUUAGGAUGCCACCGCCAAGGCAGACCACUUCUUUUGAUUCUGUUCAGCUGACCGAAUCCACCCGACGUAUGAGGAGACUUUACUCAGAAAAUGUGCCGGAUUCGGCCUCUGAGAAGUCUCUGAUUGAAUACUUCAAUAGCUAUAUGCUAUCUUCAGGGUCCAAUCACAUAAAAGGAAGUGAACCAUGUAUUAGCUGUAUUAUAAACAAGGAAAAAAGUCAGGCGCUAGUGGAGUUUCUUACGCCACAGGAUGCCUCUGCUGCACUUUCCCUUGAUGGUUGCUCCUUUGCGGGUUCAAACCUCAAAAUUCGACGCCCGAAAGACUAUGUCGAGAUAACAGUUUUUCAGACGGUUGCUAUUUUCAUGCAGAACGGUGAACUGGAGAAAAAGGAGCCAGCCACAAAUGCAGUAAGUGACAAUGUGGAGGACUCAUCAAACAAGAUCUUUAUUGGCGGAUUUCCAAAAGCAAUUUCAUCUGAUAUGCUCGUGGAGAUUGUCAGCGUCUUUGGGCCCUUGAAAGCAUACCGGUUCGUGAGCAACAAUGAUCUCAGUCAACGAUGCGCUUUCCUAGAGUACACUGAUGGAUCUGUUACCCUCAAAGCUUGUGCUGGCCUAAAUGGUAUGAAGUUAGGUGGCAGUGUAAUAACAGCCGUUUGUGCAUUUCCUGAUUCAUCAUCCGUAGCGUGGUGUGUAUAUAAUGUGUUGCAGGUAAAUGAGAAUCCACCAUUCUAUGGAAUACCUGAUCAUGCGAAACCACUUCUUGGCAAGUCUAAGCAUAUUCUGAAGCUAAAAAAUGUGGUUGACUCGGAAGAUCUCACAUCGCUUUCCAAGCAAGAAGUGAAAGAAAUUUUGGAAGAUGUGCGGUUAGAAUGUGCCAGGUUUGGGGUUAUUAAGUCGAUAAACAUCGUGGAACACAAGAGCAAAGAUAUCACUGCUUCUGAAUCAAACGCGUUGUUGAACUUAGAAUCAACUGAUUCUAAAGAAAUGAAUGUGCCAGUGAUCCACGAGAAAGACGGGGGAGCGGAUGAUGUAGCAGACAAUGUAGAUCUUGCAGAGGUUUUCAGGCCAGACAGUUUGAUAGGUGAAGACAAGUUAUGUGAACCUUGCUCAGAUACUGCUGCUGAGACAAACACGGAAGCAAAUGAAGAUCAAAACUCCACUGAGCAACACCAUUGUGAAAAGACUGUUGGAGAAAGUGCACAGGACGAGGCAGAGAAUCCACAAGAAGUAGCAUCAGCGCGUACCGUGAAGACAAGAUGGGAUGCUGGUGACAAGAUAGAGGAAGAAGAAGAACAAGAACAAGACCCAGAGGACGUGUUUGAGCCGGGUUGUAUCUUCAUUGAGUACGGAAGACCAGAAGCUACACGUGAUGCAGCCCAUUCAUUACACGGAAGGCUGUACAAUAAUCGGACUGUGAAAGUGGAAUACGUUUCUAAAGAGCUUUACCAAAUCAUGUUCCCAAGUGGGUAACUAUAAUCCUGAUCCAUCUCCAACAGAAAAAGAAAAUUACUUACAGUACGUCUGAUUCUUCCCAACGUGACCAGAUAACCGGUUUAAACCGAGUUCAGAGAUACAUAUAGGAUCUACAAUCGAAAACCCUUAAAAUCUCUUUGUAAUCGUUGGGAUUGAUCAGGUUGGUUUUUUUUUCACCACCUGUGUUGAUACUUUUGUGCAUUCGUGAAUCUAAAGCAAAAGUUAAAACAGUACUUCUGCUUUGGUGGCUA